AUGAAGGUAAUCAUCGUUGGUGCUGGCGUGGCAGGGCUAUCCGCCUAUCUGCAGCUCAAGAAGCUGCUACCCAGGUCUAUACUGGAGGACAUACUGGUUUUCGUCGUUUCGAUAGUAGGCAAAAUCAUCGCGCUGACCCCGACGGCGUUGCGACUUUUGCGCUACAUUGACGAGGGCCUAUACGAUCUGUUCCAAUCCAUAGGCUACCAGAAUGAGACUUAUCGCUUUCGAACCGCGCGAGGCCAUCCUCUCGCCACAACAGCCACCGAAGACGGCCGGGGCCCGCGUGAACACACCGUGUCGUGCCCGCGGGCCAUGCUGCGAGAUUGUCUCUUGGAAAUCGUCGGAGAACACAACGUACAGUACCGCGAGGUGGUUGCUGUACAUCUGAGCGGCGGUACUAGGCCCAUCGUCCGCUUCGCCGACGGUCGAGAGGAGAGCGCCGACCUGGUGCUUGGCGCCGAUGGCGUACGAAGCGUUGUGAAAAAGGCCAUCUUUGAGCCGGCUGAAGAUGCUACUCUUUUGUCACCACAUUACGAGUAA